AUCCGACGACAGUGAAUUUGGCGUAAGUAAAAGUGCUUCUUUUGCCUAAAGUCGUGGGGGGUGGGGUGGGUGGUUAGAAAGAGGCGGAGAACUCCAAGCUCAGAGAUGUUGGCUGACAACCCCAUUUAUUGUUAACGGAAAAUAUUCAAGGAUGCCGACGUAAAUGCACACCUGGCAUUGGUUUUAUUUUCAGUGUGGAAGUCGCUCAUGGCAAGCACGGCCGAAGAAUUAGCAAGCGUGCUUAUUCUGUACACCAAGUUCUUUACGUUCUGCAUGGUAUAUUGGAAGUCCGGCAUGUUCAAGUCGAUUCUUUACCUUGCUGGUUGGAUGUUAUUGUCGACACUAUUCCCACAACCAUGGUAUCAAGGCCCAACGAAGAUUGCUGAGCUCAGUGAAACAAAGUUCCGUGAAGAAGUGCAGCGCAAGCGACUUGCCGAUGGCCCUCGCAUUACUGAAGUAACAAGUGAAAGUGAGGAAGGCCCGUCAACAACAACAGCAACCAAAAGGAAAGACAAAGGCAAAGGCAAAGCUGGACAGUAUACCAAAUACUGGGUAGUCAUGCUUUAUGCUAAUUGGUCUCUUGCAUGUCUCAAUUUUGAAGCCGUGCUGGCCAAGUUAUCGCUCCAAUAUAGUGCCGAUCACAUCAAAUUCGGUAAAAUUGAUAUUGACAUGUACUCGGAUCUGGCGGAGGAAUAUGGUAUCAGCCGUGAUCCAGCAUCCUUUGAUUUGCCUACACUUUUGCUUUUCCGCGACGGUGCCCAGAUUCGUCGACUACCUGAACUGACACCCGCCGACGAUUCAAACAUCAAAAAAGCUGCAGCGACAACUGCAAAAGACACAAUUACCCGUAUUGGUUGGAGUAAAAAAGCAGCUACUGUAAUCAAGGCAUUCCAUCUUGAUAAGAUCAUUACUGAAAAAUAGAGAGAGUAUCGCUGCAGCAGGGUAUGCUGCCACAACAACAACAACAACAACAACAGAAUUCAUUUUUUGUGUGGGUUACUAGAUGUGCCACUUAAUUUCGCGGAUACACACACACACACACAAUUUCAACCCCAAUCAAUGUUUAUGUUUGAUACGUACUACAUCAUCAUGUACUUUCCUUUCUAUGAAAAUAACGCAAUAAACAAUCGAGAAAGAACGCAACACAGA